CGCUUUAUAAGAAAUCGAGAAAUGACAGAGAUGAAGCUAAAAUAUUAGCUAUAAAUUUUGAUAGUUCAGUAGAUCUAUGUGGCGAUGCUAUUUAUGUCAAUAGAAAUGUGAAUACAAAAAGUGAUUUAAAUUUAACAAAUGAUUAUAAAUUAAGUUAUAAUAAAAUAAACGUGCUGCCUGGUGAAUGUGAACAUUAUGACACACGUCUAACAUCCCAUAAUAUAAAUAAAAAAAAUAAUAGCAAACAUAUUUCGUAUGAAGACAAUUUUAAAAAAGACUAUCAAAAGGGUGCAUAUAGGAAAAUGUCUGAAAUAGAAAGUGAACGUAAUAUUGAUGGUAGAAAACAAAUGAAAGAUGAUAAGCAAAUAGUUUUACAUAAGGUUUCGGAUGCUUGGCUAAGAGUUUACCCAGCCCCAAAGAAAAUAGAUGAAGGUCUCUGUUCAAUAGUAAUCAGAUGUAUAUUUUGUCAACUUGGAUUAACCGCUGUCCUCGUUGUAUGGAAUGUUAUCUGGGUGUUUAUUAUACAUUCCUUUGAAGGUCCUCAAGAAGUUAAAGUAUCGUUAGAUUUUGAAAAGGAACAAAAUCAGCUGGUCAUUGAUUUGGCAACGGAAUUAAGACAGAUAACACCUCUGUCAUCAAAAUGGCGUGAAGCAAUUGAACAAAGAAUCAACGAUGCCAGGCAGCUGACGAUGCUCGCAGUAGGAAAUGGAGCUAAAUUGCAACCGGGAUUAUUUUGGGAUUUACCCGGCACAUUUUUAUUCUCAAUCUACGUAAUGACAGCUUUAGGAUUCGGGGCUCCUGUACCUCAUACAACUUGGGGAAGAAUGUCAGCUUUAAUUUAUGCGAUUAUUGCGGUUCCCACGCACAUUUACUUAAAAAGUACUAGUACGUCUAAUAACUCAAAUACAUUGGAAAAACCAAUCUGCCGUAAAUUUGUAAAGCUUAAGUACAGUACCAAAAGCAAAGCUGCAAAGCUACAAGAUUUUAAUAUUCUAGUUGGGGCGAUACCAAUUUCGUGGUUUACAAAAGCAAAGCUCAAGCGAGCAUAUUUAACGCCCGAAAUAGCUAGUUAUUUAGAUUACUACUUUUAA